GAGCUUCGUUUAGUUUUGCCAUCAACUCUGAACAGGUGCGAAGGCCAAAAAGUAAGCCUCGAUAUAAUGUUUAAUAUGCUGCUCGGUCGUUCUCUUCUCGUGCUCUGCCUUGGACUUCUGCUGUGCUGCGAGAGCCUGCCCCCGAGAUCCUGGGUUAACUCAACGGUGUCUACGAUGCAGCAUCAAAAGAGCAAUUUGACGCCCCAGAGCACAAAUUUAAGCACAACUCCCAUUCUCCAGAGCAUAUUCACUCUGCCGGAAAUUUGUAGGGAAGGUUUUAAGCUGACCGGAGAUCCCCAGCGUUGCCGGAAAAUCGCCUAAAGGCCAGCCAGACGAUCAAGUUUUUAAUCAGAUUGCCGUAAAUGUGAUGUAAACAAAACAAAAUAAUAACAAAAACAAAAAUGUAA